UAUAAUGAUUCUUCAUAUAGGAAAUAAAAUAGAAAUGCGACAAACAUAAACAAAUGUUACAUCUCUUGUUCCCUUCUCUGAAGGGAACAAAAAUAGGAGACAAUUAGAUAUAAUAUUAGGUCAAGAAAAUAAUAAUUGAGCAUAAAUAAUUUUUUCCACAAUUUUAAAAGCAAAAGAAUUGUAAAGAAGAUAUAUACAUUACUCCGAGAUUGCACUUUUGCAUUUCCGUUCAAUAUAUACUUACUUAGUUAAUAAAUUAGUAAAUUAUAAAAUAAAACACGAUAGAAUUCUGCAAAUUUUUUGAAAGUGAGAUUUAGAUUACGCAUUCAGGUUUUGCGCAAGGAAAGCGAUCAAUAAUGACGGUAACACAAUUACGACAGAUGGAUUAGACUUGCAUUAUCGACUCAUACAUGUACGUGAUGUCGACUCAUCCAUCCAUUUGUGAGCAGAAUAAUUAAUUAUCGAUUUUACGUGUUUGAGUUUAUGUAUGUGUAUACAAAUAUCAUUAUUAUUAUCCUCAUUAUUAAAGAGCGUGUCAUAUAUGUAUCUCAGACAAGAUACGUAUCAGGGAGGACUUGAGUGAUAAUGAAAAUGCGGCACGAUCACGGACUCACGGAGACCGGUCAUAGUAAAUUAUUCCGGAUGUGCCCCCGCAUGUGAGUUGUACAACAAAUUGUGCUCAUGGUGGGAGAAUCUUUGUUCUCGUAAGGGAAGGCACGAUGUGUAUAUAAAAGAGACCCAAGUAAUCGAGAAUAGGCAUCGCAGUUUUCGCAGCGAGACAAUCACUUACGCACCGCAGUUAAAAUGAUGACCAAAAUCUUUGUUCUUGUUGGCGCUCUCGUGGCCGUUUGCUCGGUCUGCUCCGCCGGAGUGGUUCCAGCGAUUCCGGCGAUUCCAGCGGCGGUGCCCGCGGCUCUGACAGUCGGAACCUACGCCACGAGUUACAACGCACACGCCAUCAAUCAUGCCAUAGCCGCCCCAUACGUAGCGGCUGCACCAUUGACUUAUUCCGCUUAUCCCGCUUAUUCCGCUUAUUCCGCUCUCCCGGCGACCGCGUAUUCCGCCCCUAUCAUCGCAGGAAGACGCUGAACGGCUCAAGGCUGAAGGCUGAAGGCUGAAUGACCAGAAUGACUUAUAUUUACGCUGAAUCGGCUGGGCUCAAUUACUGUAAUGCUGAAUCCUGAAUCUCGAAAAGAAGCUGGAAACCGAACCAAAUUAACCUCUGUCCGAUGAAUCUGCUAAGCUCUAAGCUAUAAUUUAAUUGAAGAAACUGAUGCGUUAUCGACAUACAAUAUCUCCUCUACUUUCGCUCCCAUACAGUCCACACUUGUUUAUUCUUUAUAUUGUAAAUUGUAAAUAUAAUAUUUCAUCAUGA